AUGACAACAGGAGGAGACGGGCAGCCAGGGGUACUGUCAAGACGGCGAUUCGCGUCUGCUGGUGUUGGGAUCGUUUCAGGAGCAUUUGGUUUCCUCCAAUCAUCGCUCGCCAUCCCACUGAUUACUGUCGACGAGUUUGGGGUAAUUCUUCGAGAUUCACCUCUUUCAGUUCAAAUAGUCGAGUUCGCUGGCCCAAAGGCCGAAACUAUCACAGUCAAGCUGGUGGAUGGGACAACGUUUGGCCUAAAGGACAUUGUUGAAUCUUCCACUGAUCCUAGAUCCCCACUGAAAGUAGCUGCUUCAUGUCGAGAAUCGGGGGUGAAGACUAAAUUCGUGGAUUUGGAAUCUCUCUUGACAAAGACACCCAAAAAGAAGCUAUACACCAAUCAACGUGUGCAAGACGCACAAGCCAAAGAGAAGGCAAAGGCUGAGCGAAUUCGACAAGACGAAGAGGAUCGUUUGGCAGCGGUUGCCAAGAUGGAGCAGGAUUAG